GUUUGGCCCCUCAUCCCGUAUAAAUACAGAGUCCUGAGAAGAGACGACACAGUGAGACUGAGGAGAGAGAGACUUAUACACACACACACUGAGGAGGAGAGAGACUUAUACAUACGACUGAGGAGGAUAGAGAGAUUUGUACACACUGACGAGGAGAGAGAGAGACUUGAACACACUCUGAAGAGGGGAAAGACACUUGUGCACACACUGAGGAGGAGAGAGAGAGACUUGUGGACACACCGAAGAGGAAAAAGAAACUUACGCACACACUGAGGAGGAAAGAGACUUAUAAACACACCAACAAGAGAGAGAGAGAGACGUAUACACACACCAACAAGAGAGAGAGAAGACAUCAGGUGAUCCAGCACGAGUGACUUCAAAUAAAAACACAACGAGCCGAAAAAAGAGGCAACCUCCUACCCAGGCGCAUCCAUAAAAUGAAUUCGGACUCGAGCUCCAGCAGAUCUUCCUCUCCAGACAUGGAUGGGAUGUACCACCACCAUCACCACCACCAUCACCACCAGGACGGCCUCCUGAACUCCGUGUCCUCCACCCAGAACGAGCUGCUGCAGAAGAUGGCCAGCGAGCACCUCUCCAAGACGCCCAGCGGCAGCAAGUACAAGCUGAAGAAGCAGGUGACCGAGCAGGAGAUCCAGCAGCUGCGGCUCAAGAUCAACGGGAGGGAGCGCAAGCGCAUGCACGACCUGAAUUUGGCGAUGGACGGGCUCCGAGAGGUCAUGCCGUACGCGCACGGGCCCUCCGUGAGGAAGCUCUCCAAAAUCGCGACGCUUCUCCUGGCCAGAAAUUACAUCCUGAUGCUCACGAGCUCGCUGGAUGAGAUGAAGCGGCUGGUGGGCGAGAUUUACGGCGGACACCACUCUGCGUUUCACUGCGGGACGGUGAGCCACGGCGGCGCGCACUCGGCCGGCGCCGCGCACCAGGUGCAUCAUCCUCUCCUCGGGAGCGCGCUGAGCGGGUCCACCUCUUCGACGCUUUCGUUACCGGGACUUACAUCCAUUAGGGCUCCGCACACUUUGAUGAAGAGCACCCCGACUCCUCCGCUCCAGCUCGGCGGGAGUUUCCAGCACUGGGCGGGUCUUCCAUGCCCGUGCACGAUAUGCCAGGUUCCGCCGCCUCCACACCUGCCCAUCACCGCCACCGGACUGAGCAGGAUCUCCACAGAGAACAAGGAAGUGAUGAAGUGAACACAUCACUGCGUGUGUGCGUGCGUGUGUGUGUGCACUGUAAAAUAUCUAUUAAUUAAUAGUGUCCGUGUUUUUGGUUUAUUUACGGUUGUGAAUUGCAUCGUGAGAUUUUUGAUGUUGACCAUUUUCAAUCUCAACAGUUUAACAAAGUGACUUUAUUGACAUUUUAAUAAUAUUAUGUACAUAUAGAGAGGAAUAAGUAUGUAAAAUAACAGAAAUUGUAGUUUAUUACAGGGUUUUAGUAGCGUAAUUGGUGUGCAACACAAACCCAGACUAUAUGCCUCUUUAAAGUAUUAAAAAUGAUCACAAAAGUCACUUUUUUCUAACUUUUUGCAAUGUUAAAAUGUCCUAAAAUGCAAUUCAAAACCAUAAACAAUUAAAUAAAAACGUGAAACACAAAAUACGGGAAACUGCUAAUUGACGGAGAUUAUUUUACAGUGUAGCCUCGUGAACGGACUGGACUUUUGCAUGAUCUGUUUGUUUUGUCUGUCUGUGUGUCUGUUUUAGACCUUACGAAUUCACAAAUUCGUCCUUGUAACAAGGACCUCAUCGAUUGCUUUUGUAAGGUAACCCCUCUACUGUAAAUAGCGCGCGCGUUCACUGUAAAUGAGAGUUUAAAGUGUUCUAUUCGGAGGUGAAUAUAUGUGUUUGAAGCUGCCCUGGAAACGCGAGCACUCCCCUGACGCGAGUACGCGCAAAAAUUGCAGAUAAUCGCUGAUAUGAAGUUCAGGUAAUGCUUUACAAUGUUAGUUAAUGUAUUUACUAAUACGAACUAUACAUUUAUUACAGUGUUUAUUCAGCAUUGUUAAUGUUAAUUGAAAUAAACGUAUGUUAACACACAGACAAACACAGUGAAAAAGAUAUUGCU